AUGACUGCCGAAGAUAUUUCGAAGGAUCUCCCAGUCAUCGAUCUCGACCUCUUUCUCGCAGGGCCUUAUGACUCCGAAGCUGUACUCCGGGAGUGCAAAAAGGCGGCCAAUGCUCUUAUAGUCUAUGGUGCCCUCGUGCUACAUGACUCUCGCGUGUCUGAGGAAGACAACGCGAAGUUCCUGGAUCUCAUGGAAGAUUACUUCAACCAACCUGAAGCCGACUUGAAACAGGAUGAACGUCCGGAGCUCAGCUAUCAAGUUGGAGUCACUCUUGAGAAUACGGAGAAACCGAAGUGCGCCGUGGAUGAGCCCUGCCUCAGGAUCAUCGAAGCUUUGGAACCAUCUGAAAGGCCUCUCGACAUCAGUGCUCAUUUUCCAGAUCCAAAGUGCCGUUUCUUCUGGAAAAUGAGUGAAAUACCUCCUUACGAAACCCAAUUCCCUGGGCUGAAUGCUCCCAAUGUCGUCCCGCAGGCGGUUUUCAUCAAGGAGAAGUGGACAAGCACCAUGGAGCAGUGGGGCAAGGCCAUGAAGAGCGCUGUAUCUGAUUUGGCAGACAUGGUUGCCAUUGGUCUGGGUAUUCCCGCGGAAACCUUCAGGGAGGCAGGUCGCUACGGGCCUCAUUUACUGGCGCCUACGGCCUCUGAUCUUGUCAAAUACGGCAAGAAGGACACUAUUUUGGCUGGUUUCCAUUCAGAUCUAAAUUUCCUCACCAUUCACGGUCGUUCUCGCUACCCUGGCCUGAAUAUUUGGGCACGCAACACUGGCAAACGCAUUCCUGUCAAGAUACCGCCAGGAAACAACCUUCUAGUUCAGGCAGGAAAACAAUUGGAACACAUUACUGGUGGUUUUAUCAAAGCUGGCUUCCAUGAGGUCGUUGUCAACGAGCAAACUCUAGAGGUGAUCAAAAAGCAAAAGGCUUCUUCACCAGACCGUCCUUUGAUCAGAAUCUCCUCGACAUUCUUUUGGCAUCUGUCUUCCGACUACGACCUCGUGCCUAUUCCGUUUUUGGAAGAGCGGGCCCGGAGCUUGCGUGCUGAACAUUCGAAGGCCGGAAAAUCAGAUGGUGACGAGAGCGUGUAUUCGCCGAUGAAGGUUGGCCAACAGGUUGCCCAGUGA